AUGGAAGAGCGCGAAUACCAGCUGCCCGCAUGUCAAAAGUGCAAACUGCGUAAGGUCAAAUGCGACAGGCAAGCACCCAAAUGCACAAGCUGUCGGAAGGGGAACAUCGCCUGCAUUAUCGUCGAUCCCAUUACUGGUGAGCAGUAUGCACGUGACUACAUUCGGCAGCUGGAAGAGAAGGAACUCAAUCUGCAGCGUAGGCUGGGCGAUCUCGACGACACGGGUGUUGUGACACCAGGCUCCACCGAGAGAUCUGACGCCGCCAAUCAGACACCAACAGGCCCUGAGACGGCAACGAGCUCAGGUACCCAGAACGGAUUUGUUGGCGACGGCAGCGGCCUGGGCUUCUUGCAGAAUAUCCUUUCUGACACCAAAUGGCAACACCAUCGCGCACAAAUCCUCGAGCAACUUGCGAAGCGCCCUCGCAUUGCUAGGUAUCGACCAGUCGCCCGAGCGCUACCACCACUUGCGCAAGCACAGCAAUUGUUUGAUAAUUAUUUCACACGUUUCCAUGUCCAUCAUGCUUUUCUCCUUCGUAGCGAGACGCAGGACGCCUUCCACAGGGUUUACUCUUUCUCGCCAGCAUCAGAAAGACCCGUGGCCCAGGACUACUUUCGCCUCUUUAUGGUGUUCGCGAUCAGCGAUACGACCAGGCAUCGCGCUUGCCAGGGCGAUGGCAGCAGUGACGAGCAUCCGUACGGCUAUUACCUUGCGGCUGAACACUAUCUUCCGGGCAUACCAUUGAUCAAAGAUACGGAAGCCAUCCAGAACUUAUUGCUGAUAGCGAGAUUCGGCAUGUACCAUCACAUCGGCGCAUCAAUCUGGGAAAUAUCUCGCUUGUGCAUGCGGCAGUGCAUCGAGUGGGGUCUUCAUUCAAAGGCACAGGACGGCCUGAGUCCAUUGAAAGAACAACACCAGCGCAGGAUUUUCUGGGAAUGCUACGUCCACGACCGUUACAGCUCGGGCAUACUAGGUCGUCCUUUCGCUCUUCUCGAGUCGGAGAUAAGUAUGCCACUACCGAUUGAUGCUGACGACGUAACAAUCGUAACAUCUGGGGCUAGUGUACUUGAAGAAGUUCCCAAUGUUACGAACGUUCACCCAAGCGAGCUAUCAGUCAACUUGUUUUGCAUCAAGCUGCGACGGCUAAGCUCUGGGGUGCACACUGCCUUUUACGCUGGUCGAAAGCCCGCCUCACACCAUGGUGGAGACAACACUCGCACGCCCGGAUUUCACUCGAUAGGCCACAUAUACUCAUCAUUCUCACAAUUCGACAAAGAUCUCCGUGCAUUGCGAUCGUCAGUACCAGUCUUCGUAGACCCCAAAUGUCUGUACGAGCGUUCUGAAUGGCAUGACUUCAUGUACGAGAAGGACCGCCUCCUGCUUGCUCGUGGCGCCAUGCACAACCUACCAUCGCGGCAGUUUUCCGGUACGUCCAUCGUAAAGGAGAUACUGAAAGUGUGCUAUCAAUCCGCGAUACAUACAAUACAACUGUAUGCAGACCUUCGAAGCAAAAAUGCCAUCACUUGGACACGCAGCUACUUUCAGAUGAUCUUUACUGCAGGUCUUACUGUCAUCUAUUGCAUUAUCCUGGGGGUCUUGGCCGACAAUGACGAGCUCUCUGUCACUCAUACCGAAGCUCUGCCAACACUGAACACUUGCAGUGCGUUGUUGAACUACUUCAAAGACAAAAUGCCGGACGCAGGUUCUUUCGCCACUGUCUUCACUGUUAUACUAGCAGAGUUCGUCAAAGAUCGGUUUGCAUCUGCAUUACAGGUGUCAGAAAAUGUCCCCGCAAAUCCAACCCAGCCAAUUCAUCAACUGCUUCCAGCCCAUGAUACGCAAGUCUACCCCAAUCACCUCCUCAAUGCGGGUUCGCUGCAUUUGAGCGUAGACACCGUCACUGCAGAUCACUCUCAAUCGGUUGGCGAGCAGCAAGAACGGGAAAAUCUGGAUCACUUGAUGCUCGGAGACUUUCCUGACCUUCCAAAUCACCAAGGUUCGCAAGACUUUGGCAUGGGUCUGACUGAUGACCUUAUGAACCAACUUGAAUACGGGUUGGGCGAGUACGCAUGGGGCUCGUUGAACACUAACGUAGACUAUUGGGAUUCUUUCUCCUACAAUUAA